AUGAUGGUGACGGUCGCAGAGGCCCUGUGGGACAUGCUCUACGCUGACGACGCGGCCAUCGUCUCGCUCACGCCGGAGAGCCUCGAAAAGAUGAUGUCCAUCAUCGUGCGCGUGGCCGGCCUGUUCGGACUGAUGGUAUCGGAGCCAAAGACGGAGAUCAUGUGCAUGCUACCGAAAGGGCUGGGGGAACGCCCGUUCGCGGUCAGCGCCGCUGGCCAGACGUACAAGCAGACAGAUCGGUUUGUGUACCUCGGACGUACCAUCUGCGCGGAUGGGAAGGUCGACCGGGAGAUCACGAGCCGCAUCUGCCGAGCAUGGAAGUGCUACCGCCGGAACAGCACUUCGAUGUACGACAGGAAACGGGCCAACCGCCAGCUCAAGAUCCGACUACUCCAGGCUGAAGUGGUGCAGACCCUCCUAUACGGGUGCGCCUCGUGGAGCCUGGCAGCGGAGCACUACACCAAGCUGAAUGGGACCCACCGCCAGUUCCUGACACGGUGUAUCGGCUGGAGCAAGCGGAAGCGCUCAGACCGACCCCUGUCCUACGCCCAGGCCCUCAUCCAGGCCGGCUGCGAGGAAACCAUCGAGGCCACCGUGCGCAAACGGAGGCUGUGUUUUGCGGGCUUCGUUAUGCGCAUGGAGGACAACCGCCUCCCCAAGCGCAUGCUGCUGGGAGCGAUGGCGGGGGGUACCGGAUACCGGGGCGGGCAGGAGAGCGACUGGGUGUAUCGCCUAGGAGAGGACCUCGUGGCGUUUGGCAUGAAAGAGGAGAAGGAGGGGGGGAGAUGGAAAGAGAGCGCCAAGGACCAGGAGGCGUGGUACGACAAGAUCGAGGACGGGGCGGCAUGGUUCAUGAGGAAAUGGCACAGACAGGAGGCGGAAGCAUCCGCGAAGCGCCAACGCCAGCGCGCGGAGGAAGCAGAGACGGAGAGUAUACGGCCGCCCCGGGCCCGAAGAGAAAGAGAAUCGGGGAAGCGGCGGGGNGGUACCGGACACCGGGACGGGCAGGAGAGCGACUGGGUGUAUCGCCUAGGAGAGGACCUCGUGGCG